AUGUCUGGUCAUGGUGGUGGCAAGGUGACAUCGUCUACACAGUUGGCUUCCAAGGAAUCUAAAUCUCUUCCAACUUCUCCAAGAACAGAUGAUGGAAUUUUCAAGGGUAGCAGGACGCAGAACGGACACCGAUCGAGAAAUGGAGUGGACAAAGAAUUCUACCACUGCCCCGGUUUCUGUGUACCAGGACGAAAACAUACUGAUAGAUACAGAACACCGCUGUACCGCAAAGAGGUGCUGUUCAAAUCGGCCGCACUCAGCCACGUGUCUGCUGAGGCAGAUGUAGAGACAGUGGAUGAUAACCACCAACAUAGAAGGCAGUUGGAUGAUCCCAGGUCCGCCACUGCCGGCAUACCGAGAACCCCUAUUUUGGUGGAAAGCCCAUCGGAGCUCAAGGGCGACAAUGCUGAGGCCGCUGUGGAAGUGUGUGCCGAUGUGGAGGAUGGGCAAAAAUUUCCAAAGCCUGCCGUUUCAGAUACUCCUGCCCAGGUCUGUGACGUGCCUCAGAAAGUUAUGGCAGUUGCAAAGAAGCUGACAUUUGACAUAUCUCCGUCACCGAGGAAAGUGAAAACAGCUGAAGUUACAUUGACGACCUGCAGUCGCACACCGCUGGCCCACGUCCCAGUGAAUAGCCGAAGUGAUACUCCAACCGGACCGAACGGCAACCGCCACGGCCGACGGACUUCUGCGAAGGCGCAGGGGCCGAUGUCGCCACUGCAGUUGCUCCACGUGCGGCAACGCCUGGCCGUGAAGCGGGCGUUGCAGCUCACUCGCAGGCAAAUGGAGGCAGAGGAGGAGAACUGUCCGCCUGUAGCUGUCGAGGGUGCCCACAGCGAGUUGGCAGCCCGGCCGAUAAAAAUUUCUGCACCUCCUACACUUGCUGCCAAGGAUAUGGCUCUUCGGUUUUGAUAUUUACACUGUGGCAGCGGAAAGAUUCUUGUGAUACUUUGUGUUUAUUCUUCUUAUCAGUGUCUGUCUAACAUGAAAAUUCUAUUUUUUGUAUGUUAAGUGUUGUAAACUGGUGGGGAGUAUUGAGUAAGAGGAUGAUUGUAGUGCAAUAUUAUCAAAGUACUCAUAUAAAUAUAUACAAAAUAUUAAAGCACUAAGCAUGAAUGACUGUAUAAUAAAUGAAGGAAGGUGUUAAUCUUG